CAACCGAUUAUAGUGCCAGUUUAACCGGCAUAACGACGCGACGCGCUUAAUUAAAGCGAAAAAAAAAACAAAUUUUUAAAAUUAUUAAUUAACUAUUGUUGACCAGUUGAAGUUUGUAUGUGUAAUCGCUUAUAAUUUUUGUUAAUAUGCUAUCGAAGGAUUGAGAAAACUGAGUAGUUUUCAUUGUGAGACUUUGAAUAGUGCAAAUUAACAAGAUGGAAUCCCAAUCGGGCACCAACAACACCAAAAUAUCCGAUUCCGGAUAUUCUAAUAGUUGCAGUAACAUCACUUCGCAAGGGAGUGCCAGUGGUACCAGUUCGAAAUCCAGGCACAGCGGGAGCAAUUCCAGCGGUAGUAGUGGAUAUGGAGGAGCAGCCAAGGAAGUAAAUAACAGUGGCGAAAGUGGUCAUCCCCAACCAAAACAUAACAAGGACAGAGACCACAAAAAGAAAAAACCGAAAACGGUGACCGCGUCGGCGUUACCAAUUUUGGCUACAAUUCCCCAAGCGUUUCCUAAAGAAACUCCCAUAUUUCUGUCCCCCACUAAAGGUGUGGUUGCCGAUCCCGCAUCUCCAACAGUUUUAGAAAUAAGUCUGCCAGAAACCUUGGAAAACCCUGAACCGCUUUUAAUAACUGUUAAAUCGGUUUGUUCUUCGGUUCAACCCGAUAUAAUAGCUGAUAAAUUACCUGUGGCAAAAGAUGAAACCCAAUUUGAAAUUCCCAAUGAGGAACCUACGAAAAUGGAGAAGGAGAUUCCCGAUGUUGAACCGAUGCCAUCCGGCCAACCAGAGGACGCAUUCCGUUGUGUGAUUUCCAUGUAUGACGGCGUGGUGCUUUACACGACCCCUAACCUCACUUCGAUCUUGGGAUUCCCCAAGGAUAUGUGGCUGGGGCAUUCUUUUAUCGAUUUCGUACAUCCCAAGGAUAGGGAAACCUUUUCUACGCAUAUCAGUACCAGUGUAACAUUGCCCUCAAUGGAUUCGCAAGGGAAAGUUAAAGACAUAAAAAACUGCUUGUACGUCUGUCUGAGACGACACCCAUCCCAAAAACCCACCAGUCUCAUUGGUGCAGACAAAACAGUGACAUACCAAGCCUUCCAUCUGACUGUGACGAUAAAACAAAUGACUGAUGUGCCAGAAUCCCAAGUAUUUGGUCCAGGAAAUGGGCUGUUCCUUGUCAUUAUUGCCGUGCCUAUUUACAGUGCUUAUAAAGUUCCAGGAGAGAGAAAAAAAUCAACACCGUUCGGGAUGAGACAUACCGCCACGUGUCUGUUUAGUUACGUAGAUCCGGACGUGGUCACUAAUUUUGGAUUUUUGCCCCAGGACAUGCUGGGGAAGUCCGUGUUUGAUUUUUACCAUCCAGAAGACAUGCCCUUCUUAAAGGAGGUCUACAAAUCGGUGGUGAAAACUUGUCAGUACAGUGGUUCAGUAUUCCGAAGUAAACCUUACAGGUUCUUGGUGCAGAACGGCUGUUUUGCCAUGAUAGAAACCGAAUGGUCCAGCGUGGUUAAUCCGUGGUCCAGACGCAUCGAGUUCGUUAUCAGCUUACAUCAAGUUUUACAGGGACCAAAGAAUCCUGAUGUAUUUGAUGUCACUAGUGACGAAGAGUACAAAGUGAUACCCGAAGAAGUGAAAACGCAAGGGAAGAUUUUACAGGAGGAGAUUGUGCAGCUUUUAUCGAAGGAAAUCCCUAGGCCGGUGGAGCGUGCCAAAGAAGAGGUCUCGAAACGUUGCAAAGACCUCGCCAAUUUCAUGGAGACCCUCAUAGGCACCUCCAAGCUGGAAAUCGACGUUGCUCAAGAGUUCAACCCGAGCAUUUCAGAACGUGACUCUGUUAUGCUGGGCGAAAUAUCGCCUCACCACGAUUUCUGCGACAGUAAAUCCUCGUCGGAAACGCCUCCCAGCUACAAUCAGCUGAACUACAACGAGAACAUUUGCAGAUUUUUCCAGAGUAAUCCCAAGACCACCAUUAAUUCGGAUAACGAGAGUAAUCAGGCCGGGCAUGCUAUGGAAAUCGAUGGGAAAAAUGGACAAGACUGUAUCCCAUGUGCUCCUAAUAAUCAAAAGUGUCUUUCGCCCCUGCAAAACAGCGGGGCAUCAGGAUGCGACAGUGCCGGAAAUCUGAGUUCCAGUAGCAAUCCGAACAUGGAGAGCGGUACCACCAGCGGCACCAAUACCUCAAACGACGAAUAUAAAUCGCCCCAUUUGACCGAGAGCGUUUUGAUUAAACACAAUGAGGAUAUGGAGAAAAUAAUGCUUCAGAGGCACAAAAAGGAGAGAUCCCAUAUAAAGGAUCGCGAGACCAAGAAGAGCCAUCAAAAGCUGGAAAAAUAUGCCAAUGAGAUGUUAAAGGAGGGAAAUGGGCAAAAUCAUGGAUUCAAAAGGAGCGGCUCUCACUCAUGGGAAAACGAGUAUCAUAAACAGUGCAAACCCAACGAUGAUCCCGACACUAAUAGGGUCGCCAACCAAAGAGCCUUCAGGCGUGUCCAACCUGAAAAUCUGGAAAUUAAUACCAGUAGGCCCGAUUCCAGAUUCGUCCAGACUAGCGACUUGAGUGUUUGGCCGCCAUUUUCAGCACCGUCUGGACCAUCGAGCCAGAACCCGACCGCGUUUUCUCAAAAUAUGAUGCCGGUUUAUUGUGUGCCUACUAUUGUGCAUCCAUUAUCCAUGUCGGGUCAUACUGAGAAUGUCCAGAGAUAUCAAGUUCAAUACAUGCCCACCUCAGGCAUAGUCUACAACUACAAUCCGAUUUUCUUGCCCCAGCCGAUUUUAUGUCCCACCAUGCAAGUGAUGCCGAUGUCCGUUCAAAGUAUGAUGCCCCCAAUGAGCCCUAACGGGAGACAUUUUGGCAACAACGUGGCUUCCUCCAAGGCGAACGUAAGCUCGCCAGGUUUGUCCGCUUUACCGGUAUUAUCCACGCAGAGUAACAACAAUAACAACCUGGGACCUCCCUCGGAUUCCAAUCAUUUUGGAAAUCGAAAUACGCAGUGGCAAGUGCCUCUUUGUGAAAGACCUUCUUCGGAGGCUACAUCUGUUAAGGCUGAGCCUGGCAGUAGACUAGGGUCGAUCGCUUCCGCCAGUAUGAUCAAUAAGGCAAUGUCCGAAUGUUCGCGCAAGGACUUGGGGUUGCAAUCGGUCUGUUCCCCCGAUACUCCUCUGGUGAGCCCACCCGACGGCGAAACUCAAGCGGAACAGUUUAGUACUGCAAAUGCUAAGGCUCCAGAAGUUGUCAUGAAACGCCCAGUAGCUCAACCCUCAGAGGGAAACUUCCGGAACAGGAGAAUGGAUGAGGAGAGUAGCUACUACUCCUCUUCGUACUCCUCACUGUUGAAAACUGACACCGGAAGCGGCAGUAACGACGAUUCCACUUCAAAUAAUAAUACCCAUAAGACUGACGAUGAUAUUCUCAAGCAAAAAAGGAAAUCCUAUCCGCAAAGGAAAAAAGAUCCCCCGUGGGUCGAGUCGGUGUCGGUGUCCUCGGAUCUGAUUUACCGCUACCAAGUGGCCGUCAAAGACUUGGACGAAAUACUCAACGCCGAUUUAGACAAACUAAAAGGAACCGAGCAGCCCAUGAUGGUCAACGACCAACUGCACCAACUGUACAUUGAGAUGGAGCUUGAGGGCCUAUCCAAGGCGCUGACCUUCGAGGAAGGGUUUUCUUCAAGUAGCAGCAGCGGAGACGAUAGUCCGAAUGUCCAAGGAUCCGAAAUGACCACCCCAAAAAGGCCAAAGAACAAACGAUCGUACAGUUCCUUGAUGAUGAUUUAUGAGGAAAACGCCCCUCUGCCUCCACCAGAAGAGAACUCUUAGCCUUGAAACCGUUUUAUCGUGUUCUCUCCGUUCAAAACAACACCAAUCACCACUAACUAACUUCCAAAGAUAAAAUGGCCAAACGUCAAGUUUGCCCCUCUAUUUUAAUAUAUUUAUUGUGUCUUUUUAAACGAACGAAAGUACUUCAGGUCAUAUUAUAUUUGUUUUUUCAAUUUAAGGGUUAUUUACUGUUAUAAGGAAGUGAUAAAAGUCGUAAUAAGGUGAGAAGAAAUAUAAACAAAAGUCCACAAUUGAAGAAAGAAACUUGAAUGUUUCGUUUGCCUUUGGAUUAAAUAACCAUUAAAAUGACCUCAAAGACGAACCUCUGAUUGGUGCGAAAUAUGUGCGCCCAUCAAUAUUUUCUGGUUCAUUAUUUGACGCUCAUUAUACUUGUGAUUUAAUACGUAUGUUUGCUUAUAUUUCUAGUAGGCUUAUGGGUUUUUUUUUAAAUUAGACACUAGAUUAGACGAUUAACUGUUUUUGAUUCGAUUUACAAUUUAGUGUUUACUUAGAUUUUUGGUUUCAAACGUAUCCCAAAACAAAUAGUUGUAGGUGAAAGUAUUUUUUUGUGCAAGUUGGCAAAAGCCGAAACAACCUCUGGCCAAUUAGAUGGGAGUUCCUAAAAGUGCUAGUUAAGACCAAAGUAAUUAAAGUAACGUUGACGAAUAUGAAAUAUCAGUAAUAAAAGAGGUUUUUUUCAGUAAUAAAAGGGAGUUUUUUAAGUGCUUAUAAGGGAUAUUUAGAACUGAGAUUGGAACCCUAAAAAAUUAACAGCAUCUCAAAAGAGAAGUGAAGAAAUCAACCCUGGCAACUCAAGAAAAACGUGAAAUUUCUAUCAUGAAAAAAGACAAAAUGGUCAAAUCUCUAUAAUGGAAAAAGUUAGAGGUUUAAAAAUUAAAAUGCAAGUUCUCCUAAUAAAUUGAUUGGAUACCUAUUUUAGGAUUUUUUAAAAAAAGAAAUGGAAAGUGAAGAUAUUAGCCUUGGAACUUGAAUAUAUUUUUUCAGAAAAAAAAAAUCAAAUUUCUCCUGACAAAAUGCUGAUAUCUCUGAAACCACCAAAGUUAGAGAUUUGAAAUUUAAAACGUAAGUUCUUUUAAUGAAUUCGAUACUUAUUUCAGAAGUUUUUAAAAAAAUAAAUUAAAAGUGAAGACAUUAUUAACCUUGGAAAUUGAAUAUAUUUUUUCAAAAAAAAAAUCAAAUUUCUCUUAACAAAAUGCUCAUAUCUCUGAAACCACAAUAGUGAGAGAUUUGAAAAGUGAAACACGAGUUCUUCUCAUAAAAUCAGUAGACACGUAUUUCAGGAUUUUUUCAAAAAAAAAUCAAAGUGAAGAUAUUAUCCUUGGAAGUUGAAUAUGUUUUUUCAGAAAAAAAAAUCAAAUUUCUCCUGACAAAAUGCUCAUAUCUCUGAAACCACAAAAGUUAGAGAUUUAAAAAUUGAUACACAAGGUUUUUAAAUAAAUUCACUGAGUACCUAUUUUAGAAUUUAAAAAAAAAAAUUAAAUGAAGAUAUUAGUCUUGGGAAUUGGGAAAAAUUUGUCGAGAAGAAAUUAAAUUUUUCCUGACAAAAAACGCUCAUAUCUCUGAAACCACAAAAGUUACAGAUUUGAAAUUUAAAAAGUAAAUUCUUCUAAUUAAACCAUUAGAUAUCGAUUUAAGGAAUUUUUCAAAAAAGAAAUUAAAAGUGAAGAUAUUAUCCUUGGAACUUGAAUAUGUUUUUUCAGAAAAAAAAUCAAAUUACUCCUGACAAAAUGCUCAUAUCUCUGAAACCACCAAAGUUAGAGAUUUGAAAUUUAAAACGUAAGUUUUUCUAAUAAAUUUGAUACUUAUUUCAGAAGUUUUUAAAAAAAGAAAUUAAAAGUGAAGACAUUAUUAACCUUGGAAGUUGAAUAUAUUUUUUCAAAAAAAAAAUCAAAUUUCUCUUGACAAAAUGCUCUGAAACCACAAUAGUGAGAGAUUUGAAAAGUGAAACACGAGUUCUUCUAAUAAAAUCAGUAGACAAAUAUUUCAGGAUUUUUUCAAAAAAAAAUUCAAAGUGAAGAUAUUAUCCUUGGAAGUUGAAAAUAUUUUCUUAGAGAAAAAAUAAAAUUUCUCUUGAUAAAAUGCUCAUAUCUCUGAAUCUACAAUAGUGAGAGAUUUGAAAAUUGAAACACAAGUUCUUCUAAUAAAAUCAGUAGACACCUGUUUCAGAAUGUUUUAAAAAAAAAUUCAAAGUGAAGAUAUUAGCCUUGGAAGUUAAAAAUAUUUUUCCAGAUAAAAAAAUUAAAUUUCUCUGGAUAAGAUGCUCAUAUCUCUGAAACCACAAAAGUUAGAGAUGUUGAAAUUGAAAGACAAGUUUUCUUAAUAAAAUUAUUAGUCACACACUUCAGGACUUUUCAAAAAAAAAUUAAAAGUGAAGAUUUUAACCCUUCAAGUUGAAAGGAUUUUCUCAAAAAAAAAAUGAAAUUUAUCUAGACAAAACGUGUAUAUCUCUUAAACUACAAAAGAUUCUCCUAAUAAAAUGAUUAGCUAGGUAUUUGGGGAUUUCUUCAAAAUAUCUGUAAAUUUUGAAAAAAUUAACCUAAAAAUUAAAAAUUAUCCACUCCUGUUCAGCAAAACUAAUCCUUAUCUGGUACCUUAAGGACUCUCUGACUAAAGAACUUCUUAAGUUGGAACCAAUUUUUUUCUGCUAAGAAAGCUGCACAUAAAACUUCCAUUUAACAAGAAGAUUUUAUUGGCAGAGGUUGAUAGCUAUUUAUUUUAGUGAAAAUUCUCGUUUUGAAGCCAAAAACCGAAUUUCAUGCUUAAAACCCAUGAAUUCUAUCUGCUAUCUUGUAAAGUUCAUUUUAUAGUACAAAGUAUACCUAUAUUUACCAUAGUCUGAAGUGAGUCCCUUAAAAACCGAAUGUGAUAAAACACAUAUUCACCAGUUUAUUGACGCACGCCUUUACAGGGUGGACUUUUUGAUAAAAAAAAAUAUAUUUUGUACUUUUUGAUAGAUUUUAUCUCGAUGUUAUAUACUAUUUUAGUUAACCGAUAGAUAUGAACCAUAAACUAUUUUAUGUAUCCCCAAAAAAGUAUUUCUAAUUAGUUUAUUUUAAGACGAGUGUGUUUAGUAUAAAAUAAAAUAAGUUUAAUUAUUUAA